GUGGUCGCCACACGCGCCGGGUUUUUAUUGCUUUGACAUUUUUAUUGAGGCUGCACCCUGCUGAGGGCUGUCAACCAGCCAUGGCGGGUGAGCUCAACAUGUUUGUGACCUCGGUCACCAGCUCAGGACCCCACAUCAAGUUCUAUGCCCAACUGCACACUGAAAAGUAUGCUGCUCUGGAUGCCGUGAUCAAUGCCAACCAAAACCAGUUUGACAUGAGCACUCUGAGCUCUCCGUACGAGCUGAAGCCCGGAGAACAGGUGCUGGUGAAGUCACUGAGCGGCGCCGCGGCCAAAUGGCACCGGGCCCGCGUCAACAACAUCCAGAGCAUCGAGUACGGCACGGUGGCCAUCCAGUUCAUCGACUACGGCACCAACGAGGUGGUCCACCACUCACAGAUAUGUACCAGUAAGAACCCGGUGGCUGCCUCGAUCCUGGCGCAGCCGCCGCUGGCGGUCGAGUGUGUGCUGGCAGACGUGGUGCCCGCCCUGGCCUUGUGGUCGGACGCCGCCAUCAGCUUCGCAGAGUCGAAACUGCUGUUCCAAAUGGUGCGCGGCCAGCUGGUGCGCCAGGACGGGCCCGAGGGGCCGCUGCACGUGCGUGUGUACACCUCGGACGGCGCGGCGCUGGCCUCCCAGCUGGUGGUCAUCGGACUGGGCCGGCCGGCGCAGACGGGCGCCGUGCCGCCCGGAUUUCAGACGGGCGGGUACGGCGCCGCGGCCCACCCUCCGCCCUCGGCCACGCCGCCGCAGCAACCAGAGUUCGCCGUCCGAGUGAAGGAGAUGACCACGGCGCCGGCACAGCCCGGCUCCGAGCUGCUGGUGACCGUGUGCCACUACAGUAACGGCCCGGCCAAAUUCGCCAUUCAGAACCACCAGCAGGGCUCCACGCUCACCCAGCUGAUGGCCGAUAUUCAGGCGUACUGCCGCACCAGCCCUCCGGCGCCGGUGCCGCUCCUGGAGCCGGGCGCCGUCUGUCUGGGAGCCUCGGCCUCCCGAGACGGACAGUUCCUCCGCGGCGUCCUCACACAGGUGGACGGCGGACUGGUCAAGGUAUACUGGGCCGAUUUCGGUCACGAUGAGACGAAGGCGGUGGGUGAGCUGCGUGCCAUGCCUCGCCAGUUUGUCGGCCCGUGGAUACAGGCGAGCCGCGUGUCGCUGGCCGGUCUGGAGGGGCUCAACGCUGCGCCGGCGGCCGCGCACGUGUUCCGGGAGCUGACGGACGGCAAACUGCUGACCUGCAAAUAUCGCGGCAAGGACCAGCCGAACCAAGUGGACCUGUUCGACCGAGACCAGAGUAUCCUGGAGCUGCUGCUGCAGCGGGGCGCGUACUCGGCGGCCGGCGCGGCGCGCGGCGGUGCGCCCACCUCGGUACCGGUGGCGGCCGGCGCCGGGGCGCUGCGGUACCCGUCCCCGGCUGUCUCCCCCGCCGCCGCCGCCGCCGCCGCUCCGUCCGGGCCGCCCCUGGUGCCCGGCAGCGUCACUGAGGUGCUGGUCGUGGAGGUCGGAGCCGUUAACAACCUGUACGUGCGGCUGGCGGCGUCUGCCGGCCAGCUGCAGCAGCUGCUCUCCCAGCUGAGUGAGACGCUGUCGGUGAGCGGUCAGCAGCUGCCGGCAUCCAACAUCAGAGUGGGCAAACUCUGCGCCAUACUGAAGGACGGGUCGUACCAGCGCGCCAAGGUGGUGAGCCUGGGUCGCCGGGACAUCAAGGUGCAGUACAUCGACAUCGGCUCGUCGGAGCUGGUGCCGCUUCAGUCGGUACUGGCGCUGGAGCAGAGGUUCGCCACCCUGCCGCCCCAGGCGUUCCACUGCUGCCUGGAGGGUCUGGAGAGCACCCACGGCUCGGCCGAGCACGUGCGCUUCCUGCAGUCGGUGACGGCCGGCGGGCCGCUGCUCUGUACCGUCGUUCAGCAGACGGACCGGCGCGUCGUGCGUCUGACCGACCCCCGCCGACGGCCGCCGCUCGACAUCAACGCGGCAGUGCGCGAGACGGUGGCGGCGGCGAGCCAGGAGCCCGUCCAGGGCCAGCUGAUCCGCGGACCGCCGGCCGUGAGCGUGGCCAAACCGCCGGUGGAGGUGGGCCGCGCGGAGCAGCUGGUCGUCAUGCAUGUCGAGUCGCCGUCCAGCUGGUUCGGUCAGCUGGCCAAGCUGGACGCCGACUCGCUGGCAGCCAUGGAGGAGGCCAUGCAGACCCGCUACUCGGCGGGCGGCAACCAGCCGCUGAGCAGCGCGCCCAUUGGAACCUACUGCGCCGCCUUCUCCUCAGUGCACGAGGCAGUGUUCCGCGCCAAGGUAAUCGGCCGUCAGGGUACCCAGGUGACUGUGUUUUUCAUCGACUACGGCGAUAGAGAGGAGACGAGCGUGUCCAACGUCUUCCCGCUGGCGGCAGAGUUCACACAGCUGCCGCAGCUCGGCAUCUCGUGCUACCUGCAGGGCGCCGGCGCCGUGUCUGCUGACGCGUUCCGCGCCGCCGUGCUGAAUCAGACGGUAGACGUGGUGCUGCGCGCGUGCCGGCCCGGGACUGAGGUGUACGAGGUGGCGCUGGUCUCCUCCAGCCCCACCAACCGACCCAUCAUGGAGAAACUGGUGCCGGCCGGCCUCCGCGAGGUGCCCGAGAGCGGCACGCCGCCGUCGUCCUCCCGUCCUGCGGGCGUCGGCUCGGUGUCCGGCCCGCCGCAGCUGCCGCAGCAGCAGCUGCCCGUCGGCGUCUACAAGGAGGUCGAGGUGGUACACGUCGUCACGCCGGCCGAGUUCUACGUCCAGAUGAAGGAGCAGUUCCCCGCCGUGGACGCCAUUCAGGAGCAGGUGGCGGCGUACGCGAGCCAGCCGCCGCCGACCGCGCCGCCGGCCGUCGGACAGACGGUGGCCGCUCUCUACCCGGACGACGGAGUGUGGUACCGCGGGCGGGUGCUGGAGGCCGCCGCCGGGAAGGUGACGGUGUUUUUCGUCGACUACGGCGACACACGCUCGGUGUCUCUGGCUGAGGUGCGCCCGCUGCGACCGGAGCACGCGGCGCUAGCCGGCCAGGCGAUCCGCUGCUGUUCCUCAGACGUGGGACGCUCCGGGCGAACCAACUGGUCCGAACAGGAGAUUGAGAGUUUCCGCGCGGCGGUGAUGGAGGUGCCGUACCUGGCUCGCUCCGACGAGCUGCGGGCCGGCACCGCCAUCGUCACUUUAGCCAAGGCUGAGCUGCUGGAGCCGGUGCUGGGCCAGCCGGUGGCCAGCGCCGCGCCGCCCGUAACACGACAGACGAGCGGAGACUACACCAAGAAACCUACCCCGCGCGCCGACCUGGACCACAACUGGCGAGACCGCCCGGCCGGCGCGGGCCCCACCUCGCCCCCGGCGUCCUCCAGUGACCCGUUCUCCGGCCGUAUGAGGAUGGACCAGCCAGAGUCGUACUCCCGCCCUCAGCGGAGCGGCGGAGGAGGCGGCGGCCCAGCCAGAGACUCCUGGGGCGGCGGGGGAGGCGGUGGUGCGGCCAGAGACUCCUGGGGCGGCGGAGGAGGCGGGGAUGCCCGCGGUGGCCGUGAGAGGAGCUGGGAGGGGCACGAUGACCGUGCCAGCCAGGAGCGCAGCUGGGGCGGCCACGAUAACCGCGGCGACAGAGGGGCGCCGGACGGAGCCAGCGCGUUCGCGGCGGACUCGCGGCCCUCGGGAGGGGGCGGUCGGCCCGACCGCGGCGGCUCCAACUGGCCGGGCAGCGGCAGGACGCGCGGCGGACAAAAUGGAUCCACUGGAGACGACUGGUCCAGUGGAGGCGGAGGGGGCCGGCCCAGAGGACAGGACCGGAACGCCAGCGGCGAUUCGUGGUCGUCCGGCGGCGGCCGCCCGAUCCGCGGCGGCGGGGGUGAUGUGGGCGGCCGUCCGGGCGGCGGGCGCCAGCCGCCCGCGCCUUCCGUCUCCAUCCCCGAGCACAGCUGCCGGCUGACCCCGGCGGCUCUGCGGGCGGGCGCUGAGCUGCGCGCCGCUCCCACCUGGGUCUGCGGCCUGCACGAGUUCUACCUGCAGCCGCUGGACGGUGCCGAGCCGUUCAACACACUGAUGACCGAGAUGCAGACGUUCUACGGCGGCCUGCGGCGGCCUCAGGACGGUGCCGAGACGCACCCGGCCGUCGGUAAGCCGGUGGCGGCCCGGUUCACCGACGGAGCCUGGUACCGCGCCGUGGUGAGGCGGGCCGCGCCUGCCGGGCUGGACGUGUUCUUUGUGGACUACGGCAACUCGGCCACUGUCGACAAACAGCUGGUGAAGCGGCUGAAGGAGGAGUACUGCCGACUGCCCUGCCAGGCGUACAAGUGUCAAUUUGGAGGCGUGAAGCCGGCCGGCGGCAAAUGGAAGGUCCUUUCAGAGCAAGAGCUGGCAAAGUACUUCGAGGGUGAAGUGCAGGUAACGUGUCUGAGCGCUGAGGGCGACCUGUCGUCAGUUGAGGUGGCACUCACCUCCUCUGGACAGCGGGCCACCGAUCAGCUGGUGGCCGACGGACUGGCGGAGCGGCCGGCCGCCGCGCGACCCGUGCAACAGAGCGGUAUCGGGCCGUACCCGCCGCUGGAGCGGCCCUUCUCGGCCGGUGAGCGAGUGGAGGUGUUCGUGGCCUGCGUCCUGUCUCCGUCCCGGCUGUACGUCCAGCUCAGCGAGAACACGGCGGAGAUCGAACAGAUGGCCACCGACAUCGAGGCGUCCACCACAGACUGCAAGGUCCCGUGUCCGGACGUGGCCCCCGAGGAGCUCUGCCUGGCGCCCUUCGAGGGUGUCUACUAUCGCGGACUCAUCACGGCCGUCGACGGACAGACGGCAUCAGUGUUCUUUGUCGACUACGGCAACACCGAGCGCGUCAAUGUGUCAGAGCUGGUCGAGUGUCCCAUGUCGCUGGUGGACCUGCCCGCUCAGGCGAUUCAGUGCAGUAUGACCGGACUGGUGUCAGCCGACUGCGGCGAUCAGCUGGCCGCCAAGGUCGACCAAAUGGAGCUGACAGCUCUCGUCGACCGUGUGCUGCCCGGCUCUCUGAUCGUCACCCUGCUCAGCGGCAGCACCAACAUCAACCUGGAGCUGGGCGGCGACGGACAGGCGCGCUCCCCCGAGCCGGCCGCUAAGAAGGCCGCUGCUCCUACCUCUGCUCCCGCUCCGGCUCCUGCUGCGGCUGCUCCAGUGGCUCCGGCUCCGGCCCAGGCGGCUCCUGCAGCUGAGGAAGCCACAGAGACUGCGGCACCGUUCACUCGCGUGACCGUCUCGUUUGCGGUGACGCCGCACGAGUUUUACGUUCAGGACGCGGCGGACGGCCCAGCGGCGCAGUUGGACGAGCUGAUGGCUCAGCUGGAGACUGAGUACAGCCAGCUGGGACCCCAGGACAGGGCUGUGAAACAGGUGCAGACCGGUGAUCUGGUGGCGGCGCCGUUUGCCGAUGACGGCGUGUUCUACCGCGCCCGUCUGCUGACAGCCGAGCCCGGCGCCGCCGACUGCCAGCUGCACUUCAUCGACUACGGCAACUGCCAGCUGACGCCCCGCGCCCAGCUGAAGCUGCUGACGCCCGGCCUGCUGGCUCCGGCGCCGCUGGCGCAGCGCUGCCGCCUGCCGGAGCGGCCCGCCGCCGGGCAGUGGACGGACGAGGACACGGAGCUGUUCGAGCAGCUGGCCGGUACCCUGGAGAAGGCGCUGGCGCUCCGCAGGGAGGCGGGCGGUGCUGAGGACGUCUGGACGGUGCGGCUGCUGGACGGAGAUACAGACGUGGGACGGGAGCUGGUGAAGGCCGGACGGGCCCUGCCGCCCGGGCAGGAGCCUCCCGCGGCUGUGGCGGAGAAGGUGACGACUGAGGCGGCUCCCGUGCAGGAGACCGCCGCCCAGAGCUCCGCCCAGCCGGCCGGCCCGGUGGGCGCGGCCCGACUCAAGAACGGCCAGCUGCUGGAGGCGGUCGUGGUGUUCGCACUCAGUCCGACCGACUUCUGGGUGCAGCUGAGCGCAGACACCGCCACUCUGGACGACCUGAUGGCGCGCCUGGAGGCAGCUCAGCUGAGCUCCGCCGCCGCGCCCGCCGCCGGCCAGCUGCUGGUGGCGCGCUACGCUGAGGACGAGGCGCUAUACCGCGCGCGCGUCCUCUCUGUGACCGGCGACACUGCGACUGUGCUGUUUGUUGACUACGGUAACACGGAGUCGGUGCCAGCGGCCGAGCUGUGGUCGUGCCCGCCGGAUCUGUCCGGCGUGCCGCCCCUGGCCGUGCGCUGCUCACUGCCCCUGGAGCCGCAGCCGUGGUCAGACGCCGCUGUGGACAAAUUCUCGACUCUGGUCGGUGUCGGCGGCGCCGAGGAGCGUACUCUCAACAUGGAGCUGGUGAAGGCCGGCGACCCGGCGCUGGUGAACCUCUUUGACGGCCAGCAGGACGUGGCGUUUGAGAUGGUCGGUGCCGGGUUCGGCAUGGUGCACGUCGAGGAGCGACCAGUGCUGGUGCCGGCCGCACAGAAGGCGGCCGAACAGCCCGCACCCGCCCCGCCCGCGCCCGAGCCUGCGGCCCCUGCAGCAGAGGCCGUGAAGACUGAUGUCACCGAAGCGGAGAGCGAGCCGGCGGCACAGGCCGACGAGACGACCGAGUCCCAGGCGGCGCCGGUCCCGACCACCCCCGCCGGUGACCAGGCUGUGUUCGUGUCGCACGUUAACUCACCGCUCGAGUUCUAUGUGCAGUCGGCCGACACCGGGCCGCUGGACGAACUUAUGGAGAGGCUGGCGGGUGAGUUCCCUGCUGCGGCUCCCGUGUCGGCCGCCACUCCAGGCCUGCUAGCAGCCGCACCCUACUCAGAGGACGGAGCGCCGUACCGCGCCCGGGUGCUGGCGGUGGAGGACGGUCAGGCGCGGGUGCUGUUUGUGGACUACGGAAACUCAGAGUCUGUGGAUGUGGCCGAGGUGCGGGAGCUCGGUGCCGAGCUGGCGGCGCUGCCUCCCCAGGCGCGUCCUUGCCAGCUGGCGGUGGAUGUCUGUGAGGAGGGGGCCACUGAGAAGCUCCGGGAGCUGACCGAAGCGGAGGAGGAGCCGGUGACUGUCAGCGAGGUGGCCGCGGGCGCCGUCACUCGGGUCCGGCUGACGCUCUCCGCUGGGGACGCCGCUCAGCUGCUGGUGGAGGCGGGCCUGUGCCGGCCGCGCGAAGACACCCAGCUCCCGGCCGCGCCGCCGCCGCCCGCCGAGCCGCUGAGCCUACUCGUCUCGCACGUGGACUCCCCGGCGUGCUUCUUCGCGCAGCGUCUGAGUGACCUGGCGGCGCUGGACGAACUGGCCGACCAGCUGGCGGAGCUGUACGACGCCACUGAGCCCCCGCCGGCGCUCCCCGCCCCCUGCUGUGGUGACCUGUGUGUAGCCCGCUCGGCAGAGGAGGAGGGCUGGCACCGGGCGCGCGUCGUGGCCGUGUCGCCGACCGGAGACGUUCGUGUGCGGUUGUUGGACUACGGCUCGGUGGCGGCAGCGACUGAGGUACGCGCCGCGGCGCCGGCUGUGUGUCGGACGCCGGCCGUGGCUCUGCGGUGUCGGCUGCCGGCGCGGCCCGCUGACGGCGCCGACUGGGGACAGGAGGCGACGGCGGCGCUGGCCGAGCUCUGUGACGCCGCCCAUUACGAGUUCGACGCGCGUCUGGUGGCGGAGGCCGAUGGGGAGCCGCUGGUUGCCCUGCUCUGUCUGGAGGGUCGCAGUGUCACGCAGACCCUGCAGGAGCGUGGGGUGGCGAUGGUACCAGAGUCGCUUGCCGCAGAGAGCGUACAGGUCAAGCCAGCAGAAGAAGUGACUAAAGAGAAGAAGCCAGUAGAAAGAGAGACUGAGACGAAGCCGUUUGAAGAAGCGUCUGAAAAAGAGAAGCCGGCUGAAGGAGCGUCUGAAAAAGAGAAGCCAGCUGAAGAAGCGUCUGAAAAAGAGAAGCCGGUUCAAGAAGCGCAUGAAGAAGAGAAACCGACGGACAAGGAGGGGACAGAUGAUAGAGUUGCUGAGGAACUGGAUAACCUGUCUUUGACGGAGCGGCAUGAAGAGGGUGAGACUAAGGGCUCGACUGAACCCAGCUCUCAGGAACCUACCGAAACCGAGCAAGCAGAGCAGAACGCAGAUGAAACAAAACAGGGUCUAGACGAGUCGAAAUCACACGAGACGGGUAAAUCCUCAGAAGCGACAGAUUCAUCGGAAGAAACACAACGUGAUUUGGAAGAAGAUAAGACUGAUCAGAAGUCUGAAGUGACGGCCGGCGCCUCUGAGGAAAAGACAGCUGAUUCUGACAAGGAGGCCGUCGCUGAGAAACCUUCCUCUUCGGACUCUGCCGCGCCGGCCGACGCUGCGGAGACCGAGGAGAGCACCUCGAAGGUCGAUGAGGAUACCCCGGGCAACGGCCACGUGAGCCCCGUGAACGGUGACGAUGUGCCAGAGGCGGCGGCGCAGAGCGUCGGCCAAAAGGCGAGUGCUGUCGAAGAGGCGCCGGACGCCCACGAGGAUGCCCAGGCGGCUGCGUAGCGGACUGAUUGUUUUUCGAGGCUUUGGUGGUCCAUUUCCUAGCCGCUUUUGCCAGCCGCCCGGGCAAUUUGAUGCGGGGCGUAUUGGCCAUGGUUAUCCACUUUUUAUCCGUUUUAUUGAGCUCUUAUCCGCCAGCGUCACUGGUCGUGCUAUCGGCUCAGUGAGCCACGCUGCCCGCCAGAUGCUUUUGCUCGUUGGAGAGGCGCUAUGAACUGGUUGAUCCGGGCAGGGAUGCGAAGUGUUCGGUGGUGAUUUGAUGCUACCUUUGUCAUGGCAAGUGAUUGUAUUUUCUGUAAUAAAGGGUUAAACAGAUGA